AUGUCUGACUUUGGACGCAAGGAUUUCACUUCCAAGGCCAAGGAGGAGCUUACUCCUGACGCCUCCAAGUCUACCCAGCAGAAGCUCUCCGAGAACGUCUCCGACACUGCUGACCGCGUUGUCCGUGGUGGCCAGCCCGACGACAGCAAGUCCAAUGUCCAGUCUGCCUUUGACAAGACCCAGCGCACUUCUGACAACGAAGCGCACGGUGGUGCCACCAACUCCAUUGGCGACAAGAUCAAGGACACCUUGGGCCUGAACAAGUAG